UUGUGAAUAUCAAUAGUGAUAUGUUGUGAGAAUAUAUUAAGAAAAUAUUUGUUUUUAUUUCUGUUGUAUUUCUUUCUUUGUUUUUUGACUACUAAAUAGUUCUGACAUUGUAAUACAAAAACCAAUCAAUCAGUUUUUACAAAACAAGUUGUGAAAUAUUUUACUCUAUCGAUCACUUAUCUUCAUUGCACACACUGACCAACCAUAGACCUAUGAAUAAUUCAUCAAUGAAUCUCAGCCAAUCAGAUUGAUUCUGAUGUGACACGACGAACAAUGUUGGAAAUUGGGAACAAAGGGAGAGAAAUACGUGAGGCACAAAUUACUUGUGCUCUUUCACAAAGACCAUUGCAUUAACCUAUCCCGUACUAGCAUCAAUUGAGAGACAACUACGGGAUUCCCUUUAUAGCCUUAUAUAAAUUAACCCAUGGCACGGCUGGAAAGAUUAAAUUUCUGGAUUUUGAUAUUUUCCCAUGGAGUUAUGAUCAUUAAUGUUUCAGUACCAAGUAUAGUGGUGCACAAAGGAAACAGGUCGCAGAGCCGGCCAGUAAGUCCCACCGGUCCAUCAUCGGCUGGGAUGCCGGCUCUUCCUACGGCCAAGAAUGUACUAGUGUCUGGUGAAUCAACUUAUUCAACCGCGGAAGAUCAGGACAUGAUAGACAGUGAUGUCAAUGUUACUAUCGAAAAUUUAUCAUCAGGGAAUACAAUUAAUUGUCCUACAUCACUUCCUGUGCCGUCUUGUCAAGCUAGCCCACCCGACAAAAUUGAUUCGGAGUCCAACAAUUUUCGCAAUCGGACAAACACCAAGGUAAAAUUGUUAGUACGAAGCCAUGCAAUGAGGGAAUCAACGUCACCACCACGUGAACCUCACAAUGGGGCGACGUCACCCCGUAGUCCCCAACAAACUGAGGCAGUUGAUAAAAAAUUCGGUAACGGCGGUGGCGGUAAUGGCAACGGUGGCUUGUCACCAAAUAAUUUAAAUUCAAAAUUAAAUAACAACGAGUCUAUUUAUAAUAAUAAUAGUAAUCUCAGUGCCGCCCAAUCACCAAAACAAACGCGUAAUACGGCAACAUCACCAACUUGCCGUACCCCAUCGAGAAAUGGCCAAUCUAGUCCAUUACAAACAACACCAAAGAGUGCUAGUACAUCACCAACGAAUAAUCGUGAUAAUAAUAAUAAAAAUGACAAUGGUCAACGAUCAAAGGCUACAAGCCCGCUAGUGAUAACUUCAUCAAAGUGCAAUAAUUGCGUUAAAAACAAUCACAAUAAUGAUAAACCAGGAUUAUUACAAACACCCCCAUCACCUUCUAAAUCAACUGGUAUACAGUAUUCACCUAAAAGUCAUGGACAAACUAAUAAUUACAAUAAUAACAAUAACAAUAAUAAUAAUGGGCAUAAUAAUUGUCAGCAACAGUCCCGAAAUGAUAAUAAUAACCGUCGCACAUUCGGUGUUUGCAAUAAUCAGUGCUCAAAUCAGUGUUCCAGCAAUACAUUGACUGUUGGCAGCCGCACAAGACACAAAUUACGCCAUCAAAAUUCAUCCUCACAGGGUAGUGGUAGUUUAGACAGUGGAUCGCCAUGUUUAUCACGUGAUAACAGUACUGAGUUGUAUACUGAUAGUACUGGUAUUGAUCUCGAACAAUUUAUCGCCGUUACUAUAAACCGUAAUCAAAAGGAUCGUUCAGUUUUGUUGAAAAUAGAACGUGAAUUAAUUGAAUUUGCUAAAGACCAUCACAAAAGUUGUCAUAAAUUUCCUAACAUGUCGUCGUACAAUCGUAUGUUGGUACAUCGUGUUGCUGCGUAUUUCGGUAUGGAGCACAAUGUCGACCAAUCGGGUCUCAGUGUCAUUGUAACGCGCACAAAAAAUAUGAGAAUACCCGACACACGGUUCAAAGAACACAUCAGGGAUGAUUUGAUACUGACUGAAGAACCGCGACGGAGUAUACUUAAGCGUGAUUCUAGUUCAUUUGAGGAUGGCUACAAUUUCAAAUCGCCAGAUCGGCUAUCGGGUGACUACUGUAGACGUAGUAAGAGUUUCGAAGAACGUGAAGAAGAAUACGAAAAAGUACGUCGUAGAAUAUUUAAGGACAGUAGCGGCGAAAGUAGUGAAGUGGUGUCAUGGCCUUAUUGGUCAUCGUCCGAAAGCUCCGAUGCGUCGGCACGUUAUCGAUUACUACAUCCUGGUGACCAUUCAUCAGGGCGACACGCCCGCUUAUCGAAAGGUGAAUCUUGCGACGGCCGUGAAGCAUUUCGUGGUGUUCUACGUCCUUCGGUAUCUAAAUCAUUCAGUUUCGGUGGAUAUACUCGUGGAAUGUUAUCUCGCGGCGAUAGCGUCACGUCAACUCGUAGCGCAGGCCCUAGAUUAACAAAACAGGAUUCUGGCGCUAGUAUGUGCUCACGUUUAAGUCCAUCUAGCAGCGGUUAUAAAUCACAAAGUCAACGUAGUGAUACUACAAUAUCACCGUCACCGUCGCCCUCGCCGAUACCGGCAAUACCUUGCAGUCAUGUACAAUCUAGUCAAAACAACAACAAUGUGUCUAUUGAUACACAAUCUAAUGAUACUGUUAUUUGGGCUGUUACUAAUAUUUCGAGUGUACCAUUGGGUAGUGUCAUCAUGAAUCCACGUACGAAUCAACCCUACAUCAAUUCGGAUGGUACAAUUUAUCGCUUUGAUCCUGAUAAUCUACCAAAAGUAUUUAGUGAUAUUGAAGAAAUACGGGAGAGUCCAUCUUCAGAGACACCAGAUAAAUUUCCCGAAUUACCUGAGUCUCCUAAACACAAUGUGCCAGUUAAUAAAUAUAGUUCUAAGAAACAAAAAAAUUCAACAAAGUCAUCAUCGCCAUCGUCAGUUUGUAAUAAUAACGGUGCUACAAAUAAUCGGGUCACUAGCACAGCAACCUCACCAACUCUACCAUAUUCAGCUAGUCCACCACCACAACCACCACCGCCCCAACCUAUUCAUGUUCAAGACUGCUCACAGUCUAUAAAAUCACCCAUUGAAUCCCAGCCACCGUGUACCCACGGAUCAUUGAAUCCACAAUAUCAAAAUUAUCCGCAGAAUAAUACUGAAUUAAAUUAUAAUCCCCCAGUAUUUACAAAUGCUCAACCACAGAAUAUGAUUCAGAGACCACCCGAUCUGGCUAUUAAUCAACAGCAACAACAGCAGCAACCUCCCCCGCCGCCACCACCACCACCCCCUGACAUGGUAUUCGGUCAGAAUAAUGUAUACGGAAAUUAUCCAAUGAUGAUGCAAACUACCGUUCAUCCGCAAUCGGAAGUGACUGAUUUAUCUGGUUAUUUCAUGGGUAUGAAUGUCUACGAACAACCGCGUGCUGGUUCCGAAGCAUCACAAACAACUCCAACGUUUCCAGCGCCACCUCCACCCCCACCUCCACCUCUGCCACCUACAAACAGUCAUAAUGCUCCAAACAAUCAAGCGAUGCCACCAGGGUAUUGGCAGCCACCUACCGCACAAGGACAACAUCCCCAUCAACAGCACACUCAUCAUCCGCCCAAUCAAAUCCCUCCACAGCAAAUGUACUUCGUACCGCCAUCUAACUCAACAUUGGCCGUCAGUCAACCCUCCAAUGACCGUUCAACAAUUCAACACCAAAGAUUCCCAUCAAACUACACGUAUAAUCCUCAAAACAUGACUCCACCGAAUACAGCUCCCAACUACCAAGUCAAUGGUUAUCCGAUUUCUUACAAUUCAAUGCCAACUGUAACACCCUCACCAACUGACUAUUCAUACCAGAAUCCUUUGCACAUGAUGCCGACUUACUAUCCAGCUGGACAACCUGGAAUGCAGCCCCCAGUGAUGUGGCGUGUGCCUACGCCUCCCAGUACUCCCACGUCAAAUCAAAUGCCGGGAAUACCGGUGAUGUACGUAAAUUCAGGAACCUAUCCACCACCACCAACAAUGGUUACCGCUGGCUCUUACGGUCAUCAGUUGUCGGGCUCAAAUCCUGCACCUCCUGGCGCGGUCUACAUGACACCUUCACUGCUGCCAAAUCUAGUGUUCCGGCAAAACGUACCCAUGAUGACAACGGGAAUUCGUGCUUCAACACCCUCAGGCUCACAGCGGACCAGCAGGUCACCUACACCUGGUCAUGAGUUCCCAAAUAAUUCUACAAAUGGACCAACUGUCAAUGGUGUUGGUGUUGGUGGUGUUGACAACAGAAACGUACAAGCACAAUCGCGUUAUCCACUGCCAAUGUACCAGGGUCUUCAUAUUGUGCCAGGGGACAUUAGACUGAUGCAUCCAGGCAUGGGGAACAAUUCAAGAUUGCAAUACGCCCCUGGACCGUCUCCGCCAGUUCUUCAAGGGUGUCCACGUCCAUUUCGACCACCAUCUUAUUCGUCUAACAAUUCUGGAUGCCCUACGCCCAACUCUUUUGAUGGACGGAACCAAAAAAUUCGCAAACAAAGGUCCAAGGUUACAACUCUACCAUCAACAAACGUGAGGUCCAAUGUCUAUCAAGUUCCUUCUAUGCCUCCAUCUAACCCGCCCAAAGAUAUACGCGAAGCUAAACCGAUGGAAAACAAUAUGUCAUAAGGAACCGUAAAGGUCACAAUCAAUCGUUAAAGAUUCAUCAAUAUUGACACUAAAAUUCAUUUUUAAAAAAAUCACUUCAACUCACAAUAAAAAAUAAUAAAGAAAAUAUAAACGAUAAUUUAAAAAAUUGCCACCUCUGGUACAAAAUCAAGCAAAGAAUAGUAACAAUAAUAAUUAUUAUUAUUUUAAAUAAAUACUUAAAAUAAUAAAUGGUUACAAUGAUAAGCACACCGCAAAGUAUGAAAUUUAAAUAAUUAUUAUAUUAUUCAAAAAUAAAUAGUAAUAAUAAUAAUACUAUUAAAUAUAAUAAUAAUUAUUAUUAUAAUUAUUUAAAAGAAAGUUUAAUGUUAAUUAUUGAUUAAUUAAUUGAUAAUGAGAUAGCUAUGAAGUGAUUUAAUUAAAUAAAGAGGUGAGAAUUAUUAAGAGGUAAGAUUAAUAUAUUGAAUAUAUAUAACAAUGUAAAAUAUCUUUUUAUUUUAUUAUUGAUAAUUGAUAAUUAAUUAUUAGGUUAUUAAUAACGAAUAUUAUUUAUAUUUACUUAAUAUAUUAUUAUUUUUUUGUUCGUUUGUUUGUUUUCUUUGUUGAUUAAUUGAUUAUAUUUUCGAUCUAAUUAUAAUUACAAUAAUAAAUAAUAAAAUUUAUGAAACAUUAAUGCAACAAAUAAAUAUGGAAUUGCACUUAAAAUCCCCAGUGUAAAAAAAAAACCACAAAAUAAUAAUUAAUUUAAAUGGAAACAAAAUAUUAAAAUUAUACUCGAUAUAAUUAUCAGUUAAAUAAUUACAGAUUAUAUAAAAUAUACAUAUACGAUAAUAUAUAUACAUACAUAUAUAUUUGAAAUUUAUUUUAAACGAAAUUUUACAUAAAUAUUAAAAUAAAUAUAAAAAAAAAGAAUUAAUUUUUUGAAAGUUUAAAAAUGGAACUUAAAAUAUUUAAGUAAAAAAAAAUUAUUUACCUGACAUUUAAUUCACAAAACCAUUAAAUGCCAUCGAUUUUUUAAUACGUUUAUUGAAUACGUUUAUUUUAAAAAAUUAUCAUGUUGAUUAUUUUUAAUUUUUAAAUUUAUUUAUUAUUUAGUUAUUUCAAAAUUAUAUUAUUUUAUAAUAAACGUAUUUGAUAUUACGUAUUAAGUUCAACUAAAAUGUCACUGGAUAAAUAUUUAACUACAAUAAAUUAAAUAAAUAAAUUUUUUAAGCAAUAAUUAUUUAUAAAAUUUUAAUAGCAAUAAAUUUAUCUUAUUGAAUAUUUAGAUUUCAUAGAAUCGAAAUUCGUCUAUUAUAUAACAAGAGUUAUGAAAAUGAUAUUUUUCACGUGCGUAAAGUUGCCUGCCCUCGGAUAAUUAAAACUUUUCAAUCACUCUGAAGUUAGCGCUCAUUUAAAAUGCGUACCCGCAGCAGUGCCAAUGGCGCGAAAUUUAAAAAUUUGAAUUUCAAUAUUUUUCCGUGCGAUAAAAUAUCAACAAUUAUCUCAAUUACACUUAAAAAAUUAAAUAUUAAGUCAAAUUUUGUUAAUCGUCUACAUAAUUAUGAUGUUUAAUCAUUUCAAUUAAAUAUAAAAAAAUCUGAUAUCAAAAUUUCGAUGAAAUUUAAUUGAGUAAUUUUUUCUUAACCUAAAAUUGGCUGCCCUCAGAUAAUAUAAAAUUUCCAAUCACUCUAAAGUUAGCGCUCAUUUAAAAUGCGUACCCGCAGCAGUGCCAAUGGCGCGAAAUUUAAAAGUUUGAAUUUCAAUAUUAUUUCAUGCGAUAAAAUAUCAACAAUUAUUUUAAUUACACUUGAAAAUAUAAAAAAACUUCAAAUUUCGUUAAUCGUCUACGUAAUUGUGAUAUUUAAUCAUUUUAAUUAAAUAUCAAUAAAUCUAAUAUCAAAAUUUCGAGGAAAUUUAAUUAAGUAAUUUUUUCUUAACCUAAAAUUGGCUGCCCUCCGAUACUUCAAAAUUUCUAAUCACCUUGAAGUCAGCGUUCAUUUGAAAUACGCACCCAUAGUGCCAAUGGCGCGAAAUUUAAAAAUUCAAAUUUCAAAAUUUAUCCAUGGAACAAAAUUUCAACAAUUCUCUUAAUUACACUCAAAAAAAUAAAUAUAAUGUCAAAUUUCGUAGAACUGCCUACAUAAUUGUGAUAUUAAAUCGUUUUAGUAAAAAAAUUAAAUAUCAAAAUUUCGAUGAAAUUUAAUUUCAUUAUUUUUUUCAUAACCUAAAGUUGGCUGCUAUAGAAAUAUUAGUAAUUAUUCUGAAGUGAGCAACAAGUCACUAAAUACGAGAAACUAUAGGACGGCCAUUUUGAAUUGAUAUCUGAAAAAAUAUCAUUUUUAUAAUAAUUGACUUGAACUUUAAAAAAAUUGACUAUAAUCCAAAAAAACCCUGAAUUUAAAUUAUUUAAGAUUUAUAUUUUUUGUAUAAUAUAAAUAAUAAAUAAAUAAUUUAUCUAAUGAGCUUUUAAAUUAGGCAAUAAAUAAAUAUUAUCCGGUGACAUUUUGUUUAUUACUCCUAGUCUUGUGUCAAAUUGACAUGGUUGUAACGCAGAAUAUGAUAUUACCACUGAUAUUAAUUGCAUUGAAUAAUUAUCUGUAAUUAAGUAAUUUUAUAACCAACAAUAUUUCAUAUUUUUUCGGCCGAACAAAAUAUACAAGAAUAAAUGAACGUAAAAUUAAAAAAA